AUGUCACAAGCAUCCGCAAACCACACUCAGAGCAACGUACGAGAAAGGUUGGGCCGACGACUUGACAUCCACGCCCGCUUGGGCCUGCAGGGAAAUGUACUUCAAAGGCUAGGCUCCCAGGGAGGUCGGCCAGACGACCGUCGCAACGAGGAUCGUGAAGAAAGGCGCUCAGUUGUCCACUUGCAGAGGAGCAUUCAUGAAAGGCUAGACCCCCAGAGUGGUCAGCUGGGUAACCCUCACAAUGAGGACUGUGAAGAAAGGCGCUUCAGUGCCCGCUCUCAAAGAACCAAUUCUUGUCGCCAAGCUAUAGAAAAUCCCUCGCAAGUGUAG